UCUCCUGGGUACGAGAUAUGCUGCCUAUCGACACGUCAAAUCCACGAUACACGGUUCUGGAUUCCGGUGCCUUGCAGAUCACCGAAUCCGACGUAAGCGAUCAAGGAAAAUACGAAUGCGUUGCUAACAAUUCCGUAGGUACAGAGUACUCCAAGUCAACUACGUUAUACGUAAAAGUACGUCGUGUUUCACCAAGCUUCUCGAUUCCUCCACCAACGGUGAGCGAGGUGAUGUUAGGCGGUUCACUGAAUCUCACCUGUGUCGCCGUGGGUGCGCCCAUGCCCUACGUCAAAUGGAGAAAGGACCCAGCAACUGAUUUAACGCCAGAAGACAACCUGCCAGUUGGCAAAAAUGUUCUGAUGCUUACUGACAUCAAAGAAUCCGCCAAUUACACGUGUACGGCCGCUAGCGAUCUCGGUGUAAUUGACGCAACCACAAUGGUGAAAGUUCAAUCUCUUCCCGGUCCACCGGAGAACGUUCAAGUGUCCGACAUCACUGCGACGUCGGUGAAGCUGAGCUGGUCCUACAAAGGACCGGAUGAGCUGCAGUAUUACGUAAUUCAGCAUAAACCGAAGCACGUGAACCAGGCAUAUGCCGAGAUAUCUGGUAUCACGACGAUGUACUACCAUGUUAGGAGUCUCAGCCCGUAUACGGAGUACGAGCUCUACGUUAUAGCCGUGAACAGCAUCGGGCGUGGUCCCCCAAGUGCCCCGGUGAUAGUCACCACUGGUGAAACAACGGAAUCAACAAAUGGAGGUGCCAAACCCGGUACAGCGCCGCGGAAAGUUCAGGUACGACCGUUGAGCUCCAGCACGAUGGUCAUACAGUGGGAUGAACCGGAAACUCCGAACGGUCAAGUGACGGGAUACAAAGUGUACUACACCACGGACUCGAAUCAACCUAUGGCGUCGUGGCAGUACCAAAUGGUAGAUAACAGUCAGUUGACGACCAUCUCGGAGCUGACGCCGCACACGAUUUAUACUAUAAGAGUCCAGGCGCUGACGAGCGUCGGUCCUGGACCUCUUAGUCUGCCGGUGCAAAUCAAAACACAACAAGGGGUACCGAGUCAACCCGAAAUGCUGACAGCGGUCGACAUCGGGGAGACCAAAGUAACGCUCCAGUGGAGCAAGCCCGCUCAUAGCGCUGAGAAUAUUCUCAGCUAUGAGCUGUAUUGGAAUGACACUUACGCAAAGGAGAGGCAUCAUCGCAGGAUACCGGUUACCGAGAACUAUACUUUAACCGGCUUAUAUCCGAACACCUUGUACUACGUAUGGCUGGCCGCGAGGAGUCAAAGAGGAGAGGGUGCCACGACGAUACCGUAUCCGGUUCGCACCAAACAGUACGUCCCCGGGGCUCCGCCUCGCAAUGUAACCGGCAAGGCGAUCAGCCCAACUUCUAUAUUGGUAUCGUGGGAACCACCGGCUGCUGAACGCUCCAACGGGAGGAUCACCUACUACAGGCUGCAAGUCGUCGAGAGCGGUCGCUCCGACUCCGAAGCGAGGAAUAUCAAACUGAAUGACACGCGUUUCGUGUUGGACGAGCUCAAAAAGUGGACUGAGUAUCGGAUCUGGGUAUUGGCCGGGACCAGAGUAGGUGACGGGCCUCCGAGUUAUCCUAUCUCGGUCAGAACUCACGAGGACGUGCCGGGGGAUCCUCAGGACGUCAAAGUCACGCCGAUCAACUCGACGACGAUACACGUCGAGUGGAAGCCACCGAAAACAAAAGAGCAGAACGGCGUCAUACGGGGAUAUCACAUACACGUGCAAGAAGUGAGGGAAGAGGGGAAAGAUCUACUGAACGAACCGAUACGUCGAGACGUGCACGAAGGCGUGCUAGAAGUGAACAUCACCGGACUGCAACCGGACACGAGAUACUCGGUACAGGUGGCGGCGUUGACGAGAAAAGGAGACGGGGACCGCUCAGUACCGAUACACGUUAGGACCCCGGGUGGUGUACCAAAUAGACCACAGGUCAACGUAAAAGUCCUGAGUAGAGGCCCCGAUGUUUUGGAACUUGAAUGGAGCCAGCCUUCUCAAACCUACGGUAAUCUGCUAGGAUACCGUAUUCGAUACGGUAUAAAGAAUCAAACGCUCAAAGAGGAAUUUAUCGAGGACACACGUCAGCAUACGUACAAAAUCACAGAUCUUGGAGAACAAGGUGUUGAUUACGAGUUCAGAGUAGCGGGCAAAAAUGACAUCGGUUUUGGCCAAGAGACCGUGCGGUACUGGUUUAGUCCGGAAGGCGAACCAACCGGACCACCGACAAACCUGUCGUAUUUCUUUCAAACUCCCGAUACUGUGUGCGUGACCUGGGACAAACCGCUUCGACAGCAUAGAAACGGACAAAUAAUCGGAUACGACGUACAGUUCAACAAGAAAAACGAUCACUCUACCACUAUAGAUAGGAACACGACCAAGACGAGAGCGGUAUUCACGAACCUAGAGGAGAACACUGAAUACGUCUUUCAUGUCCGAGCGCACACAUCGCAAGGCAGCGGUCCGUACUCUGAGAAAAUCACGAUAAUGACAGAAAAGGACAUCGGCCGAGCUCCAAUGUCUGUAAGAGCCGUAGCCACAUCGGAUUCUAGCGUGGAGGUAUGGUGGGAACCAGUACCCAACAGAGGAAAGAUCGUCGGUUAUCAGAUUUUCUACACAACGACCGCCGUGGAAGAUCUCGAUGAAUGGAAACAGAAGAUCGUCGGUCUGACGGAAUCGGCGGAUCUCAUCAAUCUGGAAAAGUUCACGCAGUAUGCUAUAACAGUAGCGGCGCGUUACAAGACUGGUCUUGGAAGACUUAGCGAGAAAGUCACAGUAAAGGUGAAGCCAGAAGACGUACCGUUGAAUCUCAGAGCGCCGGAUUCGUCGACGCAUUCGAUGUCUCUUUCUUGGACUCCGCCCAUAAGACUGACUCCACUAAAGUACAAAGUUUCAUUUGAUGCUGUUAAAGAGUUCGUAGAUUCUCAAGGUAUAACGCAGACGCAACUCGUGCCCCGCAGGCAGAUUCUAUUGGAACCCCAAAUUACGAGUACAACGAUAAAUGAGCUACAACCGUUUACCACUUAUAACGUCAACGUGAGCGCAGUACCGCGCGACGGUCAAUACAGACCGCCGGCGAAAAUUACAGUCACUACACAGAUGGCUGCGCCCAAGCCAAUGGUAAAACCGGAUUUCUAUGGUGUGGUUAACGGCGAGGAGAUUCAAGUUAUUUUGCCGCAAGCUUCUGAGGAAUAUGGUCCAAUCUCGCAUUAUUAUCUCAUCGUUGUACCCGAGGACAAAAGUACGGUCGAUAAACAGCCGGAUGAAUUGACGGAGGAUAUGAUCAGCGGAAAAGGUGCUAAGCAGGAAAGAGAAAACGCACCCUAUAUCGCAGCUAAGUUCCCACAUAGAGACAUUCCAUAUACGUUCCAUUUAGGCAGCGGAGACAUAUAUGAGGGAUACGAAAACCGAAAGCUCACUAAAAAUAAGAGAUACAGGAUAUUCGUACGGGCCGUAGUCGAUACUCCGCGAAAGCAUUUAUACACGUCGUCACCGUUUUCUGAAUAUUUAUCUCUGGACAUGAGGGAAGUACCUCCUGGCGAGCCACCACGUCGGCCGAAUCCCAACACGCCUUCGGACGGAAAUCCGGAAGUUUCUGUAAAAACUAGUGGUCAAGAACCAGGGAUGGUAUGGGUAGUUGGUCCUAUAAUUGCGGCAUUGAUGGUUAGCGUUUGCCUUGUGCUUCUAUUCGUCAUUAAAAAACGAAGACAGCCAUGUAAAGCGCCGGAUCAAGCAGCCGUUACACGACCACUCAUGGCAGCAGAUAUAAGUUCCAAUCAUGCACCGUCAGACCCGGUGGAAAUGCGACGAUUAAAUUUCCAAACACCUGGCAUGAUCUCACACCCACCGAUUCCUAUUAGCGAACUAGGCAAUCACAUUGAACGCCUGAAAGCGAAUGACAAUCUGAAGUUCAGUCAAGAAUACGAGUCGAUAGAACCUGGCCAACAAUUCACGUGGGACCAUUCCAAUAUGGAAAUCAAUGCAUCGAAGAAUCGUUACGCCAAUGUAAUUGCAUACGAUCACUCGCGAGUUAUUCUUCAAACGGUUGACGGUAUGCCAGGCUCCGAUUACAUCAACGCCAAUUACUGCGACGGUUAUAGAAAACAGAAUGCAUACGUGGCUACCCAAGGACCAUUGCAAGAAACAUUCGGGGACUUUUGGCGUAUGUGUUGGGAAUUACGUACCAGCACGAUCGUGAUGAUGACAAAGUUGGAAGAGAGAACAAGGAUAAAAUGCGAUCAAUAUUGGCCUACCAGGGGAUCGGAGACUUAUGGACAGAUGACCGUGACCAUCAGCGAUAUUCAAGAACUGGCGACUUACUGUAUUCGUACAUUCCAGGUUUGUCGAGCGGGCUAUUCCGAACGACGAGAGAUAAAGCAGCUGCAAUUCACAGCAUGGCCCGAUCAUGGCGUACCAGAACACCCUGCACCGUUCUUGCAAUUCCUGCGCAGAGUCAGAUCCCUCAAUGUACCCGAUAGUGGACCAUUGGUGGUACAUUGUAGCGCGGGGGUAGGAAGAACUGGCUGUUUCAUCGUUAUAGACUCGAUGUUGGAAAGGAUCAAACACGAGAAGAUGAUCGACAUUUAUGGUCACGUCACGUGUCUACGUGCUCAAAGGAAUUACAUGGUACAGACAGAAGAUCAAUACAUCUUCAUUCAUGACGCUUUGUUAGAAGCCGUGAUUUGCGGCAAUACGGAAGUACCGGCCAGAAAUCUGCAUUCUCACAUUCAGAAGCUCAUGCAACCGGAGAUCGAUAAUAUAACUGGAAUGGAAUUGGAAUUCAAGAAGCUUUCCAACAUCAAGGCUGACUCAACUAGAUUUAUAUCCGCGAAUUUACCGUGUAACAAACAUAAAAACCGCCUGGUCCACAUUUUGCCUUAUGAGUGCACCAGAGUAUGCCUACAACCGCAGCGUAAUAUCGAGGGAUCUGAUUACAUAAAUGCGAGUCUGAUUGAUGGAUAUCGCUAUCGGGGUGCCUACAUAGCUACGCAAGGUCCUCUAUGCGACACUACUGACGAUUUUUGGCGUAUGCUUUGGGAGCAUAAUUCUACAAUCGUCGUUAUGUUGACAAAACUGAAAGAAAUGGGCAGAGAGAAAUGCCAUCAGUAUUGGCCGUCCGAUCGAUCUAUUCGUUAUCAAUGCUUUGUCGUGGAUCCGAUCGCAGAGUACAAUAUGCCGCAGUAUAUUUUACGAGAGUUCAAGGUGACGGAUGCGCGCGACGGGGCGAGUCGCACAGUCAGGCAAUUCCAGUUCAUCGACUGGCCGGAACAGGGUGUGCCGAAAUCCGGCGACGGUUUCAUCGACUUUAUUGGACAGGUGCACAAAACGAAGGAACAAUUUGGUCAAGACGGACCGAUCACCGUACAUUGUAGCGCCGGUGUAGGAAGAACAGGUGUCUUUAUAACACUUAGCAUCGUUUUGGAGCGAAUGCAGUACGAAGGUGUGGUCGACAUAUUCCAGACUGUGAGAAUAUUACGCACGCAACGUCCAGCUAUGGUUCAAACUGAGGAUCAAUAUCAGUUCUGCUAUCGGGCCAGUUUGGAAUAUUUAGGCUCCUUCGAUCAUUACGCCAACUGACAAGCCGACACUCGCGAGCAGAGGGAUCUGUCGAGGGAUAAACGAGACCGGCAAAGAGGCGAGAGAGAUAUCGAGAGAGCAAAAAUACGACGUGUCUAGUACAAUAAAGUCGUAUGACAUACUCGUACCUUCCAAGGACAAAUACAGUAGUAACGCGAUUACUAGUGUCGUGGGCAGUUAAUAUAGAGAUAAAAUGUUUAGUCAAUGGUGUUGCAGCAAAUGCGCCGGAAAUUUUCACUUCUGAUAUAGCAAAUGCGCGAAAUCGUGCUGAAAAGCACUCGGUUUAGUCUAAUCUCUUUUUAGAAAUUAGAUUUGAAAGUUCCCUUGCGAUGACGCGAGUUAAAAACUGCCGUUUAGAAAUACGUACAAUACACAUGAUUACACAGGCUAUCAUGUUGUAUGAUGUCACGUAGAUACAUUCUCUUUUUAUGCUUCUUAAUUUCCAAGCAUUUACGUCAAAAAAUCAAUCAGCCAAGUAUGAUGAUAUAAUCAAAAUUAUAUACCGUCAUCGCGUAGGAUCAUAUUCGCGAAUUAGUGAAUUGGAACAUAUCUCAUUAUUAAGUCAAUCAUUCGCAAAAGCAUUUUUUAAGGUCUAGAUCUAAUUUUAAGAUAGACUGAAGAU